CAUGCGUGAGGGACGUUUCUUAUUAAUCAGGGGGUGCGGAACAGAAACCAAUCAGAUAGAGGGUACCUUUGGCUUCGGUUUCCAAGCUGCCUAAGUUAAAAGUGAUGCAGAGAGACACACACAGAGGGAGAGAGAGAGAGUGGGAGAGAAAGCCCUGAGUACAGAAAGGCAUCCCUGGAGCUAACUGUUUAACAGGCAGUGGAGAGGAUAGAAGGCACUAGAGCAGCUGCGGACCAGCACAGCACUAAGCAAAGCUACCUUCACUUUCACUGGGGAGAGAAGAUCGUUUGAAAGAAUACUACAUUAUUUGCUCAGGAUUCUUGUGGCUAAAGGAAGAGUCAUAUUGAGCCUAGGAGACUCUUAGCAGAAGGCACAAAUGAUGAGAACUAGCUUCUGCUUGUCAUUUCUAAUCUGGACUUGUAUAUUUCAUGAAGUCCACACUUCACCAUCACCGAAAAGGAAUAACAUGUAUUUGCAAGCUGAAAGGAUAAUAGGGGUAUCUAAGGACCAUGGGAAAGCACUUCAUCGAACCAAGCGAGGAUGGAUGUGGAAUCAGUUUUUUUUACUGGAGGAGUACACUGGUCCAGAUACUCAGUAUGUGGGCAAGCUACACACUGACCAAGAUAAAGGAGAUGGAAAUUUAAAAUACAUAUUAACAGGAGAUGGGGCCGGCAGUCUAUUUGUUAUAGAUGAAAAUACAGGAGAUAUUCACGCAGCAAAAAAGCUGGACAGAGAAGAAAAGUCCCUGUAUGUGCUACGUGCCAAGGCUAUAGACCGAAAGACUGGAAGACAAGUGGAGCCUGAAUCAGAAUUUAUCAUUAAAAUCCAUGAUAUCAAUGACAAUGAACCUAAAUUUACCAAGGACAUUUACACUGCCAGUGUUCCUGAAAAGUCAGGAGUUGGCACUUCUGUUAUCCAAGUGACAGCUACAGAUGCUGAUGAUGCUAACUACGGCAACAGUGCCAAAGUCGUUUACAGCAUCCUCCAGGGCCAGCCAUACUUCUCAAUAGAUCCAGAAACAGGUAUCAUCAAGACUGCUUUGCCAGAUAUGAGCAGAGAAAACAGAGAGCAGUACCAAGUGGUCAUCCAGGCAAAAGACAUGGGAGGCCAGAUGGGCGGAUUAUCAGGAACCACGACGGUGAACAUCACACUGACUGAUGUCAAUGACAAUCCACCUCGAUUCCCCCAGAGCACAUAUCAGCUCAGCUCUUUGGAGUCUGCACCACUUGGGACUUCACUUGGAAGAAUAAAAGCCAAUGACCCCGAUGUGGGUGAAAACGCCGAGAUUGAGUACAGCAUUGCUGCUGGCGAUGGAUCGGAUAUGUUUGAUAUCAUCACUGACAAGGAUACACAGGAAGGGAUUAUAACUGUCAAAAAGCAAUUAGAUUUCGAAAAGAAGAAUCUAUAUACCCUAAAAGUGGAGGCAAUCAAUACACAUCCUGACCCACGGUUUUUCGACCUGGGACCAUUUAAGGACUCAGCCUUGGUCAAAGUUUAUGUGGAAGACAUAGAUGAACCACCAGUGUUCACCAUACCUUCUCAUUUGAUAGAAGUAGACGAAGAUGCCAGGGAAGGAAGUAUCAUUGGGCAAGUGAUAGCUGAGGAUCCAGACGCAGCCAGGAACAUAAUAAAAUACUCGUUGGAUCGGCACACUGAUUUGGAUAGAAUAUUCAACAUCCACUCAGGAAAUGGGUCCAUAUUUGUCUCAAAGACCCUUGACAGAGAAGCAGCCCCUUGGCACAACCUCACUGUCAUAGCAACUGAAAUCAGCAACCCCAAGCAAAGUACCCAGGCUCCCAUUUUCAUCCGGAUUUUAGAUAUAAAUGAUCACGCACCAGAAUUGGCCAAGUACUAUGAAACUUUUGUUUGUGAAAAUGCAAAAGCCGGACAGCUCAUACAAACCAUUAGUGCCGUGGACAAGGAUGAGCCACCUCGUGGACACAAAUUUUUUUUUGAGCUGGUGCCAGAAUACACAGUCCAUCCAAACUUCUCUAUCACAGACAACAAAGAUAACACAGCAGGAGUUAUAACAAGAAGGAAUGGAUACAGCCGCAAUAAAAUGAGCACCUAUCUCCUGCCGGUGGUAAUAUUUGACAACGACUACCCCAUCCAAAGCAGCACCGGCACACUGACUAUCAGGGUGUGUGCCUGCGACAGUCGGGGGAACAUGCAGUCUUGCAACGCUGAAGCUUUGCUCCUUCCAGCUGGCCUUAGCACAGGAGCACUCAUUGCUAUUCUGCUCUGCAUUGUGAUUCUCCUGGUUUUAGUUGUGCUGUUUGCAGCAAUGAAACGGCAGAGGAAGAAAGAGCCGCUGAUCAUUUCAAAGGAUGAUGUUCGAGACAAUAUUGUGACAUAUAAUGAUGAAGGAGGUGGAGAAGAAGAUACUCAAGCCUUUGACAUCGGCACAUUAAGAAAUCCUGAAGCCAGAGAAGAAAGCAAAAUGAGAAGAGAUGUGAUGCCAGAAACUAUCUUCCAGAUAAGGAGGACUAUGCCUCUCUGGGAAAACAUUGAUGUUCAAGAUUUUAUCCAUCGAAGGCUAAAAGAAAAUGAUUUGGAUCCAACUGCACCUCCUUAUGAUUCUUUAGCAACUUAUGCAUAUGAAGGGAAUGAUUCCAUAGCAAAUUCACUUAGCUCAUUGGAAUCGCUCACUACAGAUGGCAACCAAGAUUAUGAUUACCUCAGUGACUGGGGACCUCGGUUUAAAAAGUUGGCAGAUAUGUAUGGUGGAGAUGAGAGUGACCAAGACUGACAUCUCGAUUCAGUGGUUCCAGUGCAGAGAAAAGGUUUCACGUGACGUGAACCAGGU